AUGAAUUUAUUAAUUUAUUUAAUAUUUUUUCUAUUAAUUUUUGAAAAAUUUAAAUGUAGAGAACAACAAAGAGAAAGAAAAUUAUUACAUUUGGGAAUUGAAAAUGAUCCAAAUGUUCAAUUUCAAUGUAAAGGGGCUUUAGGUGAUUAUGCAGCGUGUUUAUGUAAUAAUAAUGUUAAAGAAGUUGCUUGUAUUAAUGCACAAUUUGUUGAUACAGCAAUAUUUCAAUAUAUGCUUGGACAUUAUAAUGAUAUUGAACAAUUAACUUUUCAUGGAAAUAAUUUCCAAGACCUUCCAGAUGGUUCUCUUUUUGGACCUGCAAUACUUGAAAAUUUGCGAGUUCUAAAUAUUUCUGCUAAUUAUAUCGUUAAUUUACAUCGAAAUGCUUUAUCUGGAUGUCCAAAUAUUGAAAUACUUGAUUUAAGCAACAAUGAGAUUGUCCUAAGUGAAGAAAAUAUUAAUUUUCUUGAUCAUACUCCUCGAUUAAAAAAACUUUAUUUGAGAAGAGCAUUUACUACUCCCUUAAAUAAAAGCAAUCAAUUUAAUUUAUUAAUUCGUCUUCUAGAAAAAGCCCAAUUAAAAAGAUUAGAAGUUUUGGAUUUAAGUUAUAAUUAUUUUAAUAAUAUUCCCUUUAAUUUGCCAUGUUCUUUACCUUCAUUAAGACAUUUGGAUUUACGAAAUUAUUUUCAUUUUUUGGAUUCAGAAUUUCAAACAUUUGCUGAACAAUUAAAUAAAAAUAAUGCUUUAACACAAUUACAACUUAAAAAUAAUUUUUAUUGUGAUUGUAAUUCAAAUAUUUGGAUUAAAUGGAUUAGAGAACAUUCGAAUAUGAUUGACGAUUACCGAGCACUUAUCUGUUCACGUUCUUCUCCUCCAAAAUUUACUGGUACAAGAUUAAGUGAAGUGUCAAUUGAAUUAUUAGAUUGCCAGACAGAUUUAUAUGCUACAGGAAGAGAAUUUAAAAAUAAUUUUGGAUUUUUAAAUAUUUUUAUUUUAUUCUUAAUUAAUUAUUUUUGCCAAAAAAUUCCAAAAUUUUAAAAAAUUAAAUCAAAAUAUAUUUUCGAUAAUUAUUUUGAUUUAAAUUUUAUUGAAUUAUUUUGUGAUUUUUUUGGGGGUUUCUAUCGUCUAUCUUACCCCUUAAAUAAAUAUUUGGGUAAGACGAAGCUUAAAAAUGUAAAUAUAUUAUUAAUUAGUGCUGGGUAUUUGCAUUUUCAGAACUUCGAAUUUAUCUUCCAAAGCCACCAUACCCAGCACUUUAACCUAAACUUAAUUACCCGGUAUAUUAUUACUUAUUUUAUAUUUAAUUUCAAA